UCCAUCUAAUCGGCCUCCAUUUUAACUCCGACACCGAGACAUACCUCACGUGUCCUGGGCCGUCUCUCUCACAUGACCCGAGUGUUUGUUCCCGUGAUCAGCACUUCCAUCUCCGUCCGUGACACCGAAUAUCACUUUUUAUUUUCACCCUGAUGGAUAUGCUCGAACAGAGUCUGGACACCGCAAGCCAAGAGAAGCAAGAAGAAGAGGUUGUUCAGACUGAAGACGGAGCAGGAGAGGAGCAGACGGCUGUUACAAUAGCCAACGUUCAACAGGCUGCAGCAUUUGGUGACCAUAAUAUACAGUAUCAGUUUCGUACUGAGGGUGGACAGGUUACGUACCGUGUGGUCCAGGUGACUGACCAGCACCUCGAUGGAAGAGAAGAUGCAGGAGGAGCAGUGAGUGUCGUCUCAACAGCUGCUUUUGCUGGGACUCCGCAGGCUGUGGCACAGGCUGUGAUCCAAAACCCGUUUAGUAAUGGAGGAAGCCCAGCAGGAGAGGCAGUGGGAGGAGAGACCCGCUUCGCUUACUUCCCUGCAACCGCGGUGAGUGACGGGACCGUGUCUGUCCAGGCCGCCGCAGACCCCACACUCACACAGGCGGGGGGUCAGUUUUAUGUGAUGAUGACACCCCCUGAUGUCAUCCAGACAGGCACACAACGAACCAUAGCUCCGCGCACACAACCCUACACUGCAGAUGAAAACGAGCUGCUGCAACAUGAAGGUUUAAACUGGAAAAUGGAUGGACCCCGAACGCCACGAGAUGAAAGGAGAAGAGCACAACAUAAUGAAGUUGAAAGGCGACGAAGAGACAAGAUCAACAACUGGAUUGUCACACUUUCCAAGAUUAUCCCCGACUGCAGUAUGGACAGCACCAAGACCGGAGCUUCUCUGUCUUCUCAGAGCAAAGGAGGCAUCCUGUCCAAGGCGUGCGACUACAUCCGUGAGCUGAGGCAGAGCAACCAGCGACUCCAGGAGAGCCUGAAGGAAGUUGAGAGGAUACAAGUGGACAAUGAGCUGUGCAGGCAGCAGAUUGAAGAGCUGAAGAAUGAAAACGCAUUGCUCCGAGCGCAGCUCCAGCAGCACGGCAUCGAAAUGGUUGGAGAGACUCCGCCACAGUAAAUGAGAUGAAAAAGAACAGAGAGGAGAACCACCACUCAAACAUGUAACUGACGCGGUGGAAAAGCAGGCGAGAUGAUUGGAAAAAGGACUUGUGGAGAAUCACUUUCUUUUUUGGUGAUUGCCUCCUUCCCUGGGUUCCAAGGUCGUGAACCCCUCACCAGCCAUUUGUGGCUGCACUUGACUGUUCCAGACCUAUUGAGAUAACCACCUGCUGCAACUCGGUAGAAAUAUGCUUCAAGAAAAGAUGUCCACUCACCUCCAUCAUAGUGCUCCACCAGCACUAGCUCUGAAACAGAACCUCUGCUGAACUUCUCCGGUGUUUUUGUAUUUAUGUAGCUUCAUUCAUGGACUAUGAUAUAUUCAUCUAAGUUUGUUCACUGUCAGUUUAUGUUUUUCUCUCCAUAUAUUAAUUUGGUCAUAGUUCAUGCUUUUAUUCUGUUUGUGUUUUUGAGUUCUGUAUAAAUAUGUUGUUUUUAGCUAUCUUAAUUUAUUAGUCCGCUUGCUGACAGAAGCCUUGAUGGAGACUAGUUACGUUGAAUCUUUUGCACCCCAGAGAACCUGAAUGAAUUUUAAGUAAGAAAACAUCAAAGUAUGCAAAACAUGAUUCUGGAAAAAAAAAAAUAAAAUAAAAAAAAUAAUAAUAAUAAUGUGAAACACAUAGGUUACCUACACCCAAAGACAAACAAGGAGUGGUGCAAGCUGAUGCCUCUGGGCUGAUUUAUGUAAAUACGACUACUCAUGUUUUAAUACAGAUGUUACAGAAUGUUAGAGGGGAUUAUCUCUGGCAAGUCAACAAUCAAUAACUCAUUAACUCCAUGCUGGCCAUUUGUCAUAAUAAUUACGAUGAAGUGUGUGCAAUCUUAAAGCUUGGUUUGAAAGAAAAGAGUGGUAUACUUGAAAUGUUGGGCAUUUGCUUGAUUUGAACAAGUAAGUCAAAGUAAAAAAAAAAAAAAAAAAAAAAAAUACUUGUAAAGCUCCGAUUGUUACAUUAUAAUGUAAUUGGUAUUGCAGUAUUGGAAAAAGAAAAAGUCAAACAUGCAGAUAACUUCCAACUCAGCAUUUUGAAUCAACGAGAGACGAAUGCAGUGCAACUCCCAACUUUUGCCAACCCGUAUUUAGGUACCGUCGGUUUACUUUCAUCUUUUUGUUCAUGUGUGAUUUAGCGGUGUCUCAGUACGUGUAAUAAUUCCCAUAUGCUUCAUUUCAAGCUGUUUGCUCUAUUUUGGUAUUGCAACUCUUCAAGUGGAGCUGGGUGCACACGCGGGGUGCACCCUGGAGAGCGGCACUCGGAGACUCUGCUCACUGUGGAAAAGGAGUACACGGAAAUACGAUGUUGCACUUUUUAGUUGAGCACAACUCGUUCUCCAAGAAAAAGACUGAAGAGUUGAGAAGUGGGAAACUCUUGAGGUGAUCUCAUGUUUUUCUCCACCCACUCAGGCGAACAAUAAGUAAACUCUAAUUGGGUGUACAAACAGCAAAAGCCAAUAUUAACAUUGUUAACGAUGUUGUGAAUGGAUAUACAUGGUUUGUUUUUUUUUUGCUCUGCUAUGGGCAAUGCGAGCAAAUGUGAAAGAUUAAGCUUUGGAGCCAAUCGGAGCACAAUUGUUUCUGCCUGUAUCAACAGCUCAGGAUCCAGGAAAGCAGAACCAGCUCUCAGACCCCAGGCGGAAUCGGGCUGACUAUCAUAUUUUAAUAUCUGAGACUGGAAGCCAACAGCUUGUGCUGUGAAGGUGCUGUUGUGCUGCAACUUCAGGAGUCGACCCUGACAGGAAUAGUGCAAGUGUCUGAUCCGUCAAACGAGGCUCACGGCCAAAGCUGAAUGAUAGAUGUGGAGUUUUUUUCAGUUUUUUUUUUUCCUCACGGCUCAUAGGAAAGCCAAGUAUGUAAAGGAUGGAACAAUGUUUUUGAAGUCAAAUGUUAACAAAUGAAAGGUCAUUCUUGGCCAAUUCUUUUUUUUUUUCUUUUGUUUGUUUCUUGCUUUCCGUUUUUGAAAUGGCAACAGGAAGAAGCUUUCUUUGUGUAGCAGCCUCACUGUUCUCAGGUUAGAGACAUCUUUUCUAUGUAAAAUGGUGGAAAAUAAAACUUUCACUAGCUAAAAAUCUUAGCUCAUUUUGAUUGUGGUUCAUCGUUCUUUUGAUAUUGAACACACAACAAUAAUAAUAAAAUCCUUUUAACUCUU